ACCGUACAAGCAGACAUAAAUCCACUGUUUACGUUCUCUCCAAAUCCUCUCAAUUGACAUUUCUCCGAUUGAAUUGAACAAGAAGCGCAGAUUUCACACAGCACACGCACUGUGUAGAGAAAGAGAGAGAGAUUUUGUCUCAAUUGAUCGAAUUUAAUGGGAUUCUUUUGACGUUUUUAGUCAGUUUCUCUCUCUCUCUCUCGAAUUUGUUGAGUGUUGGUAGCGAUUUUUCUGCGGAUAAAUUGAUUUGGAGUAGCUGCAUUUGAAGAAGAAAAGAUGAACAAGAUGGGAUCGGAUGAGAACUUCCCGGGCGUGAUCAAGCCUUCUUCAAACGCUCAAGGGGGGUUGAAGGCUGGAGUUGGAAAAUCUGCAGUUGGUGUGGGGAAUAACAGAAGGGCAUUGAGUGCAAUCAAUAGAAACAUAAUUGGAGCUCAGCCUUACCCUUGUGCUGUUCACAAAAGAGGGGUUUUAAGAGAGAAAAACGAGGCCGGUGAUAAGAACUGUGUCGGUCCAGUGCAUCGUCCUGUUACGAGGAGGUUUGCUUCUGGAUUGGCUGGAAAAGAGCAGCAUUCCUCACUUGAGGAAGUCAAGCCACCAGUUCAUCAAGCUAGUUCAGUCACGAACCAGCCCUACGACUGCAUCAUUAUCGAUGCAGAUGAUGAUGAUGACUACAAGAAUGUGGAUGAUCAUGAUGUGCCAAUGUUUGUGCAGCAUACAGAGGCUAUGCUGGAAGAGAUUGAUCGAAUGGAUGCAGAAGUGGAAAUGGAAGACAUCGAUGGCGAGGAUGAGGAGCCAGUUAUCGAUAUAGAUAGCUGUGAUAAGAAAAAUCCACUUGCAGUUACUGAAUACAUCGAUGAUCUAUACACUUACUAUAAAAAGAUGGAGAGUGUCCUUCCGAACUAUAUGGUACAUCAAUCUGAUAUCAAUGAAAGAAUGAGAGGUAUCCUCAUUGACUGGCUGAUUGAGGUGCAUUACAAGUUCGAAUUGAUGGACGAGACGCUGUACCUUACUGUGAAUCUCAUCGAUAGAUUCUUAGCCCUCCAGCAAGUGAUGAGGAAGAAACUGCAGCUUGUUGGUGUGACUGCGAUGCUCAUUGCUUGCAAAUACGAGGAAGUCUCUGUCCCCGUGGUCGAGGAUCUUGUUCUGAUAUCCGACAAAGCUUACUGCAGGAAAGAAAUCCUAGACAUGGAGAAGUUGAUGGUCAAUACGUUGCAGUUCAAUAUGUCGUUGCCAACGCCCUACGUGUUCAUGAAGCGCUGCCUGAAAGCCGCCCAAUCCGAUAACAAGAUGGAGCUUCUGUCCUUCUUCAUAAUCGAGCUGUGUCUCGUUGAAUACGAGAUGCUGUGCUUCCCUCCUUCGAUGCUAGCAGCUGCUGCUGUCUUCACUGCUCAGUGCACUCUCCUUGGAUGCAAGCAAUGGAGCAAGACGAGCGAAGUGCACACGAGUUACACUCAAGAACAGCUCAUGGAAUGCGCAGCGCGGAUGGUGAGUUUCCAGCGGAAGUCGGGGACCGGGAAGCUGAGUGGUGUGCAGAAGAAGUAUAGCACUUCCAAAUAUGGAUAUGUUGCAAGAAUCAAACCUGCUGAAUUUCUCAUUGAUGAUGAAUGAUGCUUAGAUUUGACAUAAUAACCUGACACUGUUUUGUGUAAUUUUCUGGCUAAGAAAAUUCACAGUUUUUUACUACUACCAUGUUUUGUGUGUAUAUAGAGAGCUAAGUAACUUGUGAUUUCAUGGGAUCUUUUAUCUAAUUAUAUCAGUUAAAUCUUUUUGUUUUCUGGUAAAAGGGGCAUGAAGUUAAAAGUU